GCCAGAUCUGGGAUCAGAACUCCGGUCCUCUGGAAUAGUAACAAGUGCUGUUAAUCACUAAGCCAUCUCUCCAGAUCCAAAAGAAGUCUUUGAUAUUGUUGUCCUAAGUCUUAAGCUACAAUUUCUCAACUAUAAAACAGGCUGCAUAGUAGGAUUUCCUUCGUAGGGUUUAUGGGAAGAAUAAAUAAGACAACAUGUACUCUCAGCACAGCAACUAGCAUUUAGAAACGCUUGCCCUCCCUGCCCACAUCUAACCUAUUUCCUGUUUCUGAGUCUUAGACGAAACGGGUAACAUGUGUGAUCGGACGGAGCACGUGAAGGGACCGGAUCUCCACAGGGCAACAGCAGGAUAACCAAGAGGAGUUCCAGUGAGUGCCCAGCAUCGAUGAGGGUAACGGAAACCAGACCAAUGAACACUUGCAAGUGAAGAUGUGUGGAAAAGGGGUCUGCCGUGUGACUCACACUGCAGCUUCCAUGACGAGAAGGUAAGAUGACAUAGUCUAACAUGACUCCUCCUACCUAACUUAAGUCACAGCUGAGGACUAGAACGUGUUAGAUGGAGCAUCCUGUGACUGACUGACAACCUGAGAACAGCAUGGCUGGUUUCUCCGCACUCAUCAUCGUCUUUACCUCUGUCCUCUGUCAGCUCCCAGUGACAGCAACUUCUGGAGCCCUAAAGGAUGUGGUUGGUGCCCAUGGUGGAUCUGUGACCUUCACUCUGAAUUCCACAGAAAACCAGGUUGACACUGUUAUAUGGACCUUCAAUACAGUCUCUGUUGCCAUCGUAACUAGAGACCAUUUCAAAGUGCUCCAAAAUCAUAACAAAAAAAGAAUAGUCUUCCCAGAUGGAAUCCACUCUAUGAAACUCAGCCACUUGAAGAAGAAUGACUCGGGUGUCUACCGUGCAGAGAUUCACAAUACAUCACUUCAGUCUCCCUUCUCCCAGGAGUUCGUGCUGUGCGUCUAUGAGAGUCUGUCAACACCAAAAGUCACCAUGGAUGGGCAAGACAAGAAUGGCACCUGCAUGACCAAACUGACAUGCUCCAUGGAAGAAGGAAGAGACAAUGUGACUUACAGCUGGAGAGCCAUAGGGCAGGGAGUCAAUGAGUUUCAUCAUGGUGCCAUCCUCCCCAUCUUUUGGAAAUUGGGAGACAAAGACAAGACCUUAAUUUGCAUAGCCAGGAAUCCCAUAAGCCACAGUUCCUCGGACCCCGUCCUUGCCCGGAAUCUUUGUGAAGAUACUGCCAACAACCUAAGUUCAUCCAGGUUCAUCCUAUACACCAUACCAGUGGCCAUCGGGCUCGGUGUCCUGCUGGUGAUUAUUCUCUUUGCUAUGUGGACAGAGAAAGGAAAAGGAUCCAAGGAAGACACAGAGAGAGUGGACAAUCACCAUGAAAAGCCCAACUUCUGCCCCCACUUGGAAGAGAGUACAGAAUAUGACACAAUCCCUUAUACUAAUGAAAGGGGUCUGGAAGAGGACGCAGCAAACACACUCUACUCCACUGUGCAGAUCCCCAAAGCGGUGAAGAGUCCCAACUCCUUGCCUACAAUGCUACAUAUACCAAGGCAAUUAAGCUUUGAAAAUAUUAUCUAGACAGCAGUAUUCUCUCUUCUCACUCCAGAAAAAUGCAAAGAAAAUUCACUAUUCUCAGCAGAAAUGGAAACUUCCACCAUAGAUUGAAUGCAAAUGCCCCCCCAAACCCAUGUAUUUUCGUACAGAUGGUGGAGGCCAGGCUCAAGACGUUUCAGAGAAUAGUGACUUUGGGGAUUGGGAUAGUGCCCAUUCGUGUUCCAUUUAAUGGAGAAAUUUUCAAGACAAUACAACAUUUAGGCUGUGACACAGCCAUACUCCCAGUUUUUAUUCAUAUUUGUAGUAAGAAAUCAAAACAAAGAAAAGGAACCAGAAGAAGAAGAAAGCAUGCAGUUUGGUAAGAGCGUGAAUUUAAAGUUGUGGAGAAACUGGGCAUCACAAAGCAGUUGUAACAGUUAAAGAGAUAAGCACCCAUAGAGAAUAACCGCAGCCUCCGCUCUAGGACAAUAGAAAAGGCGCUCUGAGAGUGAGUCCUUAUCUAUCAAGAACUCCAAUAUACAAACCGAAAAGCCCAUUUGAAAGUUUUCAUUCAAAAGGAAGAAUAUCUGAACACAGAGUGUCCUACUUCGUCACAUCAGACUGGGAAAGUGUUUCUCCAGAGUCACCUGCACAGUUUCUCAGAGCCUGCUGAAUCCCUGACUCAAGGGGGUGUGGGUCUGUCCUGGGCCAGCAGCAGAACUUAGCAAUGUGCAUAUGCUGGUGGCUUGGCAAACAGGCAGAGUGUUAAAGCUAGAAGCCACCGAGGUUUGCACCAAGGUUCCAGUGCGGGGAAAGCCAGGCGACCUAUAUCGAGGUUGGUCUUUCUGAGUUGCAUAAAACUGUGAAGGCAAAACCUAAGUUGCAGGGUAGCUGCCAGGAACAUGAAGCAUCGGCCAAGAAAACUCCAGGCAAGGAAUAUACUCAAGAAAAGAACAUGGCCAUGGAAGCAGGUCUCCCCAAAUCCAUUGCAGCACACGUGACGUCACCACGCAUCCAUGCUCAGACACGGAGCCUCAGGGUUACGCUUCCCUGCUGGGCUUUGACCUAGCUUUGGUCUACUGGUUCUUUGCUGUGUCCCGUUCCUCCCUUUUGCAAUGUGAAUUUUUUCUCUGCCCUUGUACAUUGUACGCAUGUAUUUUUAUAUUUUAUAGGGGCUCACAGUUAAGAGUUUGCCUUCCAUCUCAUGAAAGACAUUGGACAUUGGGCUGUUAUGCCGGGCACUCCUGAAGUUCCAGGGAGUGCGUUUUGCAUUGUGCGAUGAUCGUGAGCCCAUGUGAGCCAAGGAGGGCAUGGUAUAGACUGAGUGUAAAAUGUGCUCCACAGGCUCAUGUGUCUCAACCAUUGGUGUUCAGACCUUGGACAACUGAUGGUGUUAUUCAGGGAUGCUACAGAACCUACAGAAGACAAGGCCUGCCUGGAAACGGUGGGUCUCCAGGAGGCAGGCCUUGAAGGUGGUAUUCAUUCUCGGUUGAGCUUUCUGCUUCUACAUCAGGCAGAGUCCUGCCCACCAUGAUGUAAAGAAGCAGCCAUUGUGCCGGGUGGUGGUGCCGCAUGCCUUUAAUCCCAGCACUCGGGAGGUAGAGGCAGGUGGAUCUCUGUGAGUUCGAGGCCAGGCUGGACCGACAGCCUCUAAAACGAUACAGAGAAACCCUGUUUCAUAAAAACAAAAACAAAAAAACUUACAAAAAAAAAAAGAAGCAGCCAUUGCAAACUCCUUCCAACACAGACUAAGCCCCUUCAGCCAUCACGACUUCUGAUAAUGUAUUUCAACCUCAGGAACUCAAAACUAAAAUAACCCUCUGCCCACAUGAAUUGUGUCUGUCAGGAUUCUGGGCCUAAAACAAGAAGAUCAACAAAUACAACUUCCUUCUGGAAUAAGCUACUUGUAUGCUGCUUUGAACUCUGGGGUUCAUUCCCACUGCUGAAAACUCUCCUCAAAACCCAGAGUCUGUAUUCCUUUCUGCAAAUGUGACUGUGAAUCUGUCAGUUAGACCUAAGAAAAAGGUCAGGAAAUGCCUUGACAUGUAAGUAAAUCUUAAUUAACGUCCCAGGACAGGAUCUCUUUAGUUUCCUGUCCCCACUUCCAGAACUUGAGAUCAGAACUAUACCAGGAAACUGCUUGCCAGGACAGACAGACAUACCCAGCACAAGCAUAUUUAACUGACAGAAAUGCUAUAUUGAUUUAUUAAUGGAAUCACCAGCUAUGUGCCAGGUACUGUGUUAAACCUGCAUGGAUUAUUCCAACACACUCUGCUCUUGCUUGAUUGCUUCAGGGACUUCUUUACAGGGAGCCACAGAAGACCCGUAUGGGUGUGCAGGUCAAAAUGCACAAGGACAGAAAAUACAAAUAAAUACCUGUGUUUAGCUGGCACCAUCCCCAUUGAGUGUCCAUCACUCAAAGUGUGUGGUGAAAGACGAGGACUCCCUUACCUCUACUUCACUUUUAUUUGCCUGCUCCCGGGGAAAAGCCUAAGCCCUGGGCCUAUAAAGAAGCCCAUCUUUCUCAACAGAGAAAUAGCCUGAACACACAUUUUGGAUCUAGCCAUAGACCUGGAGUCAGGGGAGGGAGUCUGGGGUUUGAUGACUUGAAAACCUUUAUAGGUGUUUAAUCUUUUUCCACAAAUAUGUAUUGAGAACUCAUGCUAGGUUAGUCUUCUAGGUAAAAUAGAUAUACUCCCUACCCCAUAGGGCUCGUUUUAUUGUUUGGUGUUAUGAAAGAGACCUGGGAACAGCAGGUGUGUGUGUGUGUGUGUGUGUGUGUGUGUGUGUGUGCAUUUGAUGUGGUCCCAGAACCAUAACUUAUAUAUCUUGAAUGAAAAUGCUAAAAGGGAACCAGGAUUCCAGGAUUGAAGGAUAUAAAUCAAGUAGGCAAAUACAUGUUUAAAAAAGAAGCAUGUUUCUACAAAGAAAAAGUAUUUAGAAUAAGGGAACAUUCCCAAAUAUAAGAUGGAAGCAAAAACAGAAACAAAUAUACAAGAGAAAAAAGAGGAAGACCAAAAAAAAAAAAAAAGAGUUGUGGCUUAUGGCUUGAGAAAAAACAAAAGCUGAGCUGGCCCAAGGCACAGAUAUAAAUGUUAUUAAAUGUUGUAGAUCACUGUAUUUAUUACUCUAAUUUAAAAAAUAAAGUAGUAUUUAAAUCAAAUCAGUAUGUAUUAGGGAAGGGCUCCCCCACAGUUCUCGUAUAGGAGAGGGAAAGGGCACAUAACAGCACUUGGGGGAGAGAACUAUUUACAGUGCAGCCAGGGCUUCAAGGUUGUCCAGGUAAUAACAAUUCUGUAAUUUGAUCCUGUUAAAGACAUUGUGGAAUUCACAUACAAAAAUAUGCAUUAUGUUGCAAUUUGCAAUAGACAAAUUCUGGGAACUCCCUAAGAGAGAGCCCAUAAAUAAAGUUAAAUGAGCAACAACUUUAAGAGAAUAGGGUAAGGAGCAGGAGGGAUGACUCAGCAUUGGCUGGAUGCUUACCUUUAAUCCCAGCACUCGGGAGGCAGAGGCAGGUGGAUCUCCGUGAGUUCAAGGCCAACCUGGUCUACAGAGCAAGGUUCAGGACAGCUUCCAAAGCAAUACAGAGGAACCCUGUCUCAAAAACCAAAACUAACAAACAGACAAAAAAAAGCUCUGGCUGAUUUUCCAGUGGACCUGGGUUUAAUCCCCAGCACUGACGAGGUGGUUCACAACCAUCAGUAACUCCAACUCCAGAGCAUCUAAUACUGUCUUCCGACUUCCAUGGGUACCAGGCAUACACAUGGUACAUAGACAUAGCGUGCCAGUAAAUGUCUACAUACAUAAAAUAAUGAAAUUAAGUUAAAUCUUACAAAAUAGAGGUUUUAUAGCCAGGUCUGCCUACCUUUAGUCCCAGAACAUUUAGAAGGCAGAGGCAGGAGGCUAGCCACAAGUUUGAGGCCAGACUACAUAGUAAAUUUCAAGCCAGCAAUAUUGGAAGAUUUUGUCAAUAAUAUUAUUAUUUACUAUUGUUGUUACAAAUUUAUAUUUUUCUAAAAUUAAAAAAAUUAUAGUUUGUGGUGUCACAUGCUUAUAAUCUUAGCACCCAGGAGACUGAAACAGAAGGACUAUGCAUUUGAGGUCUCCUGGACUUUAUAAUGAAACCUGUCUCAAAAACAACAACAAAAUGACAGGCCACACAGUUCUUAUAAAGCUAGAAGUAUCACAAGUGGGAAAAGUAGCAUGUAGAAAUGAAUGUGCUCUAUUGAAAGACACGCCCUGUGUGAAACCCUGGCUUCCAGCCUGUCUUAGUUAGGGCUUCUAUUGCUGCAACAAAAUACCAUGACCAAAAAGCAAGCUGGGGAGAAAAGGGUUUAUUUGGCUUAUUCUUUCACAUUGCUUUUCAUCAUUGAAGAAAGUCAGGACAGGAACUCAAACAGGGCUGGAUUCUGGAGGCAGGAGCUGAUGCAGAGGUCAUGAAGGGGAACUGCCUACUGGCUUGUUUUACAGAGCUUGCUCAAGCUGCUUUCUGGGCCCUCCCCCAUUGAGCACUAAAUGAGAAAAUGCCUUUCAGCUGGGUCUCAUGGAGGCAUUUCCUCUGAUGACUCUAGCUUGUGUCAAUUUGACACACAAAACCAGGCAGUACACAGCCCAAGCACCACAUAACUGGGUGUCGUAGUUUGUGACUGUAAUAGCUGCCCUCCAGAGGUAUUGGCAAGGUGAUCAGAAAUUCAGAGUCCUCUGCUAACUAGUUCCAUGUCAACCUGAGAUAAACGAGAUGUUGAAAGGAAAAAAAACUAAGAAGGGAGAAGGAUGGGAAGAAAUGGGGAGAGGAAAGCAGAGGGAGCAGAGUCAAUGCUUCUCUGACCUUCAAUUAAUAUGAAAUAUAUAUUUUUAAAAGAAAUAUGUGUGAAAAAAUGAAAGAAAAUAUGUUAAACUAUUAAUACUGGUUGCUUGGGGGGAGUGAUAGCUUAGGCAUCUCCUUAUUUGUUUGUUUUUCCUGUGUGUGUUCAUUUUCCAAAUGCUUUUCAAUUAAAAAAUGUGUAUUGUAUAGCACGAUGGAAGAAGUUUUAAAUAGAUUUUCAGUAAGAACAAAAGAGUUGGUGUCUGCUAAGAAGAACUGAAGGGGAAAUCUAAAACCGAUCUGUUAAAAGUGUGGUGGAAGAAGAUGAAAUAACAUUCUGUGGGAGAAUGGAAGAAGACCCCCACACACACAGCCAUAGAAGGGAAAGAUUAACUUAGAGAGUGGUGUGACUUGACUCUGUGGUGAGGUGUAGGCAAAGAGGGCUGGGCUUUAGACUCCAUCGCUACCCCAUCUCCUCUGUUCUGGGAACUACUCAUGCUAAAUAAUUAGGAAUAUCAUCCAUCCCACCCCACCCCACCCCCAUCCUCUCUUUCUUUAAUUAAAUGGGACCUGGAGUCUGUGCACUCAGUAUUUCACAGUGGUGGCUGCAAAAAGGUCCCUUCCUCCUCAGCUCAAGCUGCAAGCAAAGGAAACCACCAGCUUGUCUGUGAGAAAUUCACACCACAUCCCAGGCCCACCACAUACAGCCCCCCUAGCUAUGUGGUAUUAACUUGUGAAAUGAAAUGUGAGUGGCGAAUUCUCAAAUGUAGAAACCUAAUAAAAAGAAGCAGAGAAAAGAA